UUCAGCUCUGAUCUCCAGCAUCUGCAGACCUCACUUGCUCCUUUAAAAACGUUAACUAUUUGUUUAUCUAUGAAAGCAGACCUGCUCAGUUGCUCCAGGCAUUUGUUUCAGAUUCACAGCAUCAGCAGUGUUUUGCUUUUAUUCAAGUACUUUUGGAUGGGCGGCUUCUGUUCAGUUAAUUGUUGGCCGUCCCUAACGACGCAAAUCAAAGCCAAUGGCGGCCAGAAUUCCCACAAUUCACCGCGACGCAGAAACCGCCCGAGCUCAUUUCCCCAGGGGUGGGAAGUGCGCAUGCUUGACUUUUUGCCAGGCGCGGGGCAUUGUGGGGGUUCCUUUGUUAUGGCUCGGGCUCAGUGGAAGCGGUGCAGAGGAUGGAAGGGGCGCUGCACUGAGGACUAGGGAAGGCCAUUCACAUUGUCGCCCAGCUCUCAUUGCCCUUCGACUGAGUGACUCUGUCCAGACCAUUUCUCAGAGCAGCUAACCGCUCGACAACGUUGCUGUGGAUCUGCAUUAUCAUGUAGGCCGGACCAGGUCCUCUGAUGAAGAGCUGGUGCCCGAAACAUCAAUUCUCCUGCUCCUUGGAUGCUACCUGACCUGCUGUGCUUUUCCAGCACCCCACACUCUCGACUAGUGAUCCUCUGAGUCCAAAGUAGAAGAGCAGAUAUUUAGGGUUUUGAAAGGGGCCACUUGCAGAUGAGAAACUCAAAUCAAAUAUCACAUUAAGACUUGACAGUCACUUACUCUGCGACUUGGACGUCAUUGACCUUUGAGCUGAAAAGAAGACAUUUGUGAACCAGUUACACAGCCUGAAAACAAACACUUUGCCCACUCACAGCGGCAAGAAACUGCUGUUUCUAUAAAUGUGUUCUGUAUGAGGACAAGGCUUCAGCUGAUUUAUACACACUCCUCUCACAGCUAACCAUUCACAAAGAUACCAGCACAAUGGAGAAACCAUGGAAAUGUGGCGACUGUGGAAAGGAAUUCCGUUUUGCAUCCCAGCUGGAAACUCAUCAACGCAGUCACACCGGGGAGAGACCAUUCCCCUGCUCAGAGUGUGGGAAAGGAUUUAUCAAUUCGUCCUCUCUCCUGAGACACCAGCGGGUUCAUGAUGUGGAAAAGCGCUUUACUUGCACCGUGUGUGGAAAGGGGUUUAAUCGAUCAUCCAACCUUCUCACACACCAGCGCAUUCACACAGGGGAGCGGCCGUUCACCUGCUCGGAGUGUGGGAAGGGAUUCACCAGUUCAUCCCAUCUUCUGAAACACCAACGUGGUCACACCGGGAGGAAGCCAUUCACCUGCUCCCAGUGUGGGAAGGGAUUCACUAACUCCACUGACCUUCUAACACACCAGCGAGUUCACACCGGGGAGCGGCCGUUCACCUGCUCGGAGUGUGGGAAAGGAUUCACUCAAUUGCAAAACCUAAUGAGACACCACCGAGUUCACACGGGAGAGAAGCCGUUUAUUUGCUUUGUGUGUUGGAAGCGAUUCGCUGAAUCACAGCAUCUAAGGAGACACCAGCAAGUUCACAAGAGAAUCCAAGGUAAUGGAGAUGAGGGAUCCAGUGCCGAAAAUUGUGAUAAACUAAAGAGAAGACCAGGUAGAACUGAGGGAAAUGAUAAUCAAAGCACUGACGGAAAGGAAAAAAUUCUUCGAGGUAAGGCUCGAGGUUGUGAAAGUGGUGAUGAGAUAGAAAUAAAAGCUCUGCAUCUGAAGUUAAAGCAAGCAGAGGCCAUAUGCUUGUUCUGUAUGUGGACUGAACCUCAACUGAUAGUGACUCUCCAGUUGAACAAAGACGCGGACAUCAUGGCAAAGCCGUGGGAAUGUGCUGAUUGUGGUAAAGGAUUUGAUUAUCCAUCUCUGCUGGAAAACCAUCGGCGUGGUCACACUGGGGAGAAGCCCUUCAUCUGUUCUGUAUGUGGGAAGGGAUUUACUCAGACAACCAAUCUCAUGUCACACCAGCGAACCCACACUGAGGAGAGGCCAUUCAACUGCACCCACUGUGGAAAGAGGUUCAAGUCCUCAUUUAGCCUCAGUACACACCAGCGAGUUCACACUGGGGAGUGGCCAUUCACCUGUGCAUGUUGCGGGAAGGGAUUCACUAAGUCCUCCAACCUGAUGACUCAUCAGCGAAUUCACACAACAGAGAAGCCAUUCUGCUGUGCCUCCUGUGGGAGGAGUUUCAGGCAGUCUGGCCACCUCAUUGUACACCAGCGAGUUCACACCGGGGAGAAACCAUUCAGGUGCUCUUCCUGCGGAAAGCAUUUUCGGCAGUCAAAUGAUCUAAUUUCACAUCAGCGCGUUCACACUGGGGAGAGACCGUACAACUGUUCAGUGUGUGGAAAGGGAUUCACUACCUCCUCCAAUCUGCUGAUACACCAACGCACUCACACUGGGGAGAAGCCAUUUACGUGCUCCACGUGUGGGAAAGGAUUCGCUCAGUCACGAGACCUGUUGAGACAUCAGCAAGUUCAUAAAUGAGUGCAGUCAUUGGAUUCUGCUGUCACUGCAGCUGUUCAUCAGAUUCAGGACUAAGAGUCUAACAGUAUUUUGUUUUGUUUUUCUGCUCAUGGUAUAACUUGCUGGAGUUUAAAAUCCUUGAUAAGUUGCUAAUUUUUGGGGAUGUGAUAUCUCUUUUUAAAAGCACCAUCUGCGGUCUUUUCCUGAAUUCAAGAGUUCCCAGCAGGUUCAAUUGCAGUCAAAUUAUGCACUUUUAUUCAAUUCUCAGGUCAUAGAGACGUACAGUACGGAAACAGACCCUUCGGUCCAACUCGUCCAUGCUGACUAGAUAUCCAAACCAAUC